AUGGAAGAGAAAAUUAUAAAGCAUUACAGUAGCUUUCAUAAUAUUUUGCUUGUGGGAGAGGGAGAUUUCUCCUUCUCACUCUCCUUGGCAAGGGCAUUUGGCUCAGCUAUUAACAUGGUUGCCACCUCCCUAGAGGAUAGAGCUUCUCUAGCAAUGAAGUACACAAGUGCAAUAAGAAACUUGAAUGAACUUGAGAGUCUUGGCUGCACCAUCUUGCAUGAAGUGGAUGUUUACAACAUAAAUCAACAUGAUUACUUCAAGCAGCACAUUUUUUUUGAUCGAAUAAUCUUUAAUUUUCCUCAUUCUGGUAACUUUCGACAUGAAACUCAACACUGGGUGAUUGAGGAACACAAGAAAUUAGUGAGUGGAUUUCUAGGAAAUGCAAAGUACUUGCUUAAUGUUGGUGGAGAAAUUCAUAUUACUCAUAAAACAGCACAUCCUUUUAGUAAAUGGAAUAUCAAGAAUCUGGCAGAAAAUGAGAGGUUAUCAUUUGUUGAAGAGGUGAGUUUUUCUAAGUAUUUUUACCCAGGUUAUCAAAAUAAGAGAGGUGCUGGCUUCAAGUGUAAUAAGAGCUUCCCUGUUGGAACAUGUAGUACUUUUAAAUUUUCUUGUUUGUACUAUAAUUUUGUACCUUGA